UUUAAACCCGAUUAUUAUUAAUUUAUGGGAGAUGGUACUGGCAUUUGGCCGCCAUCCACGGCGAGCGAGUGAAAGUCGGCUAUAACGACGUAGUUAGUAAAGAUUUCAGCGCCCAGAUUUCGUAGAUCUGCUCUCAGCAAAUUUCCAAAUUACGGUACAUUUCUGCGUGACUUUGACACAGACGUGCAUAGCCGUAGUGGCAUCCAUCGUUCAACAAAGCACUCUUUCCAUCUGAAUCGCAUCAUCCUCCUUCACGGGGGCAUGGUGCUGGAUUUCAGAAAGAAAUUCAACCUGACUUGGAACAGUAGAUCGUUAAUGUGGCGUAUUUAUGAAAAUCACAGCGUCUAAAUUACACUGUCCAUUUGCAGUAACGCAAAGUGAAGGGGAAGCGUGUCGGGCCACGCCCUCCCGGUCCGGGUGCAGCUGUGCGGGACGCCGACCUCCCGGACCCGGUCCCCUCCGGAGAGCCGGGCGCAGGCUCGCAGCAUCAGCAGCACAAAGGGAGCUGAGGACGCAAAACCCGGGGAGCCUCUGAGCACGGGGGAGCCCUUCGUUAAGUGAGCACAGGCAGCAGGGAAAAUUCCAGCCCUUUAAACGUCUGUUCCGGAAGAAGAAGAAACGAGAGUCGGCGGCGGACUUCGAGGAGGCCGGGAUUAAAUGUAGCCAGUCCACUGGAGACGUGACCAAUGGGAUAGUGUCUGAUGAUGAAGAGACCAAUCAGCAUCUGAGGGCAGUAAACACUCUCGGCUCCCGGGCCUUCUCCCAUGAAAGCAUAUUUAUCUGUGAAGAAACCAGCAGAAUAGAUACCAUGUCCCAGGAGAACGUCUCAGACAAAGUGAGAGACCUGCAGAGGCAAAUAGCCCAGAAUAUAAAGUUUGGACAGAAGCUGUCCUCUCCAAGGAAGAGUGAGGAUGCUGGAGACAGUUCCGAUGAGGAAGAGGCUCCUGGGAGACCUUUGCAAGUGUUAGCACAGGUGGAGGUGGAGCCAGUGGGGGCAGCAGGUGCUGUCCAGCCUGCUGUCCUGGACAGAGCUGAGGGCGGAACCCAGACAACAGUGCUGAAAUCUCCCAGAACCAAAAGAGCGAUUCCACCUGCAGGCACAAUCGAGUCUAUCAACCUGGAUGCUGUGCCCCUCUCUUUAACCUGCCUCGAUAGCACUGCAGCUAAACACAAGCUGUCCAUCAAACCCAAAAACCAGAGGAUAUCUCGCAAACACAGACGGUUUACUCAGGAUCUGCAAGAAGUCUCAACCCCUGGUGUUCUGCAAGAAGAUAUAGAGCCACAGGCACCUGGAGAUGGUGGUGGAUCCACACUGAAGUGUGAAGAACCUUUAUGGUCAGAAGAUGAGCUACCAAUUGGAUCUCCAGAUAAGUCAAAGAAACCAAAGCUCAAUGAUGAAGCUCAGCUGUUAGAAGAUGCGUGGGCUGUCGAGGAACGGCAAACCACCAGGACACAGGAAGUUCUGGAGGAGAACCGUAAAACUGAAGUUAGAGAACUGAGGAACAUGGAGGAAGAUCAUCAGAGAAAAGCAGAAGAACUGAGACUACAAAAGGAAAAGAAGAGAAAGGAAGAAAGGGAAGAGAUGGAAAGCAGAAGCAAAGAGGAGAAAAGGAGGAUAAAGAGUGAGGAGGAAGUGAAACGACAGCAGGAGCUGGAAGUAGAACUGCUGAACUUGGAAAAAGAGAGGAAACUAAUUGAAGAAGAGGAGAGGAGAACGUUAAGAGACUUAGAAGAGCAGAGUCGGCAGCAGCGGGAAGUGCAAAGGCAAGACGAAAAUAGGAUACCGAAGAAAGACGAUAAAGAACAGAAACUAGAAGAGAAGAGGAGAAUAAAUGAGGUAGAACUACUUAGUCAGGACAAAGAACGGCAAAAGCGUGAGCAAAACGGGCAGGGCGACCAGCCUGCUGAACGGAGCAAACUCAGCGUUAAAGUAGCCUCACAAGAGGAAGGCAUGGCCAGAACUAAAGUCCCCGCUGAAGACACAGCCGACUCUGCAACGUGGAAGCAAAAGGCCGAGGAGCUGCGCUGGAAGGAGAUGGACGAGAAACAGAGGCCCUUCACCUUCAAAGUGUCAUCUGGAGAGAAGCAGAUACUCUUCCAAAGAGUCAACCUGUCACCUGUGACACCCAGCAGGCCGCAAGGCAACCACACGGACUUCAAAGAGACAAAAACACUACCAACUGGAACUGGAGACUCCCCGGUGCUACCCUGCUCCUUGUUUGUACCGCAUACUGCAAUACUUGUGACCGGGGCUCAACUUUGUGGUGCAGCGGUGAACCUGGACCAGAUCAAGGACCCUGCUUGCAAGUCCCUGCUUGGUCUGACUGAGGACAAGAAAGCUAUUAGCAUCCCGCUGAGCAAAGGCCCUGUCAAGACCUCAGCGGAACGCAAGUCGGGGAAAACAAAAUCCCUGAAUGAGUCUUCUGCCGAUCAGUCCAGCUCUGCUAUGCUGGCAGAAUGGGCCAGCAUUCGCUCAAAAAUAUUCAAAAGAACUGAGAAUGGAGAUGACCCGGACCAGAGUCUCCAGCACCAGAACCAACCCCCAAGUGAAGAUCCGAGCCAGAAAUCAUUGUCUGGCGUACACGGGAACCUCAGAAAGACGAUGUCCGUUAAUGCAAAGUUCUCAAUCACACCAGCAAGGCAAAAAUUCCCAGAUUCAAGCAGGGCUUCUGAGGAGGAACAGCAAAAGGAGAGACAAGGUGGGCAAGCGGAGCCUUCUUCAGACACUGGGGUGCCUCUCCCUGACUAUCCAACCUCAGAGGCGCAGAACCGGACCAGUAAGACCGUUCGGAUCCUGGACAGAACAGAAGGGUGCAUGUUUGCGAAGGACCUGCCAUCCUUCCUGGUCCCCAGCCCGCCUCAAAGUUCCCUGAGGAGCAGGUCACAGUCAGAAGCCGGGAACCCAGUGCUGUGUGACUCCGGCUGGGACGGCAAACCCCUAAGCAGUGAGGACAAAGCCUCUCCGUUUGGCGUCAAGCUGAGAAGGACGAACUACUCUCUCCGCUUCCGCAGUGAGCAGCCGGUGGAGAAACGGAAGAAGCGGUACAGUGCGGGGGACAGCUUCGAUGGAAUCCCGAGUCCUUUGACUCCCAUCGAUCCGGACUCAUCAGAAAAGUCCAGUCCCUCAUCUCCACUGCGUGAUGGUAUUACCCAACUGGGUUACACUGGAGUAACCGUGGAAUCCAAGGUUCCGGCUGACCAGGCGCCCGUCCCAGCCAUGCGCGGUGACAGCGAGAGGCACCAUCCCAGGCAGCUACACUCGAAACCCGCCAUCGCACCAAAGCCCUGCAGUAGCAGCACACCUCCCCCUUCCCCACAGGUCAAAGGUCAAGCCGCAGCACUGAGUGCAGCCGCAACUGCCAGCACUCGCCAGGGGUCACAGGAACAGGACAGUAGCACAGGUCUCCUGGCAAAGGCCCGGCUAGAAGAGGAGGGGCCUAAGGAGAGGAAAUCCUUCUUCCCAUCCAUCAGCAUUCCCUGGAGAGAGAAAGGAGACAGGAGGGUGGAGGCUAUCAAGAGAGAGAAGCCAUUCCUGCAAAGUAGGCACUCCCUGGAUAGCGGACGCGUUGAGCAGACCGGACCUCACGUAACGGAGCAUGAGAGACAGAAGGAAAAGGAGGCGGGGCCUCUGUGGAUCACACUGGCCCUUCAGAAACAAAAGGGGUUCAGGGACCAGCAGCAGAGUCGCGAGGAUCGGCGACAGAUGCGAGAAGCCAGACUGGCAGAGAAGCAAUCCAAGGAGGAGCAAGGCCGCCAGACUGAUUUCACCACUGGGUCGUUGAGCAAAGCCCUUAACCAGAAGCACUUACCCCAGGGACUGGCUGACUCUGCUUUCAGAAAAGAUAGCGGAUGUAGCAGCCCAGAGAGCAGAGAAGGCAGCAGUAUCGGCAGCGAUGGGGGAGGUCUCGCUCAGAAAGGCGGGGAGUGCGACAGGGCGGGUGGCGUGUUGGGACUGUUCGAGCGCAGGGAACAGCUGAGGAAGGCCAACACUCUCCCCAGCUCUGUGGAUGCUGCGGAUCCCACACCAGCGGCUCCCCCGGCGAAGGACGCAGUGAAACGCUUCCCGUGCGUGGAGUCGGCACAGGUCUGCACAGAACCCGCCUGGCUGGCUCUGGCCAAACGCAAGGCCAAGGCCUGGAGCGACUGUCCCCAGAUCAUCAAGUAACCUGGCAGAAACUCCGUCCUCCACAUUCCAGCCCUGAUCUCCGCACAGUUGCACAUCACCUUCUGAUCCCCAUACAAUCACAAUCAGCAGCAGAUCUCUACAUGCCCAGCGUGCGAAUCUGAUUCUUACGCAAGGUGUAAGGUGUGUGCUCAGGGCAGAUCCAACUCUUUUUGGCACCCUAAGCAAAAUUUGAUUAGUCUAGUUGUCAUUUGUCAUCUUCUUUCCCAUUCUGACACGCUGAUCAGAUGAGGGUGCCCCCUGGUGGCCACUGAGUCCUAAGCAGCCGCAAACUUGGCAUAUGCCUCCGUCCGGCCCUGGGUGUGCUGUAGGUAUGCGAGCGAUGUACGCUGUAUGUGUGAGUGAUCACACAGUGUAGCACUAAAGGACUGGUGAGCAGAAGUUUGUAAAUGCUGUGCGGGUUAGUGAUACUGUAGGUAUGAGUAUGGCACAAAAGCUGAAAUCAGGAAAUAUCCAGCUGAAAUCGUACAAAAAUACUACAGCUGCAGAAAGCAGUUCAUAAACACAGUCCUUGUCGAUCGAAAGGGGUUUCAAGGGACCAUCGUCAGACACUCGCUGGCUCCUUCCUGCUCUUCCGAGCACUUGGAGACGCGAGUCCUCUGCCCCCUGUUGACACCUCCUGUUGUAUUUGGAGAGAGCCGCCCUGGAUGCAGCAACGGCGAUUUCACUUUCCCAUGACCAUGGUAUCAAGAGAAAAAGAAAUAAAUACUUAACAUUUAUCUCUAAAAGGAUUAAACAUUUGAGAUGCAACACUGCCAGUGUUUAAAUCCCGCCCGGUUAUCUGGAAGAAUGAAACGCUCCAAAUUCUCAUGAAUUUUUGAAACGCAAUUUCUGCUGUUUCUUUGAUUAUUGAUGAUGUGAUCAGCAACGUUUUAAGGGCUAGUACUGCAGAAAAAUGUGACUCGGCCACCUUCCAGGAGGGUCUAGAACAUUCUCACAGCAUGUAUAUGUCAAAAACUGUCCUUACUACUUUUUUAUCUAACCAUUUUUUUAAUUAGUAUUUUGGGGUAAUUUAUUUUUCCGCUGUUUAGUUGUUACCAAUCCUUGUCUAAUGCUUUAUGUUCCUGGUUAAGUUCAGUGGUUCUCUGUUUGGGUUAAGUGUGACUUACAGGUAUCAGUGUGACUUUUCACCUUCACCACAGUGCUCUGCAUUUUAAUUGGACACACAAACCCAGCACUGAACGUCAAGACUGCCAGCUCAUUGGUGAAUAGGCUUCUUAUUCGGCGUUCCACCAAUCAGAACUGUCCUGCAGAGCACUGACGCCCACUACAGCAUGGACUGCUCAAUACUUACCAAUCAGGAUACAUCAAGUGUUUCACCUUUCUGUAUAAAAUGUAGUUACAUCAUGUACUCUAUGUAUAAAUACAAUGACUGGAGCGCUAAAGAAAAAACUCCCACAAUGCAUUGGAUUUGUCGGCCCAUUUCUUUGUUGAGUAGUACACAAUAGCAUAGUCACACUUCCACUUUAUGGUCCACAGAGUUAUGCCUAAUUCAAUCAUUUCGGUGACACUAAUGUCAUGUGUAAGGUAGAGAAAUUAAAAACCGAUGUCUCACUUA